AACCAGGUCAGACCUAGAAGUUCCCUACGUGUCACUCGGAGGCCCGAAACGAUCUCGUAGCAGCGCCUUGCCCUACUCCCCUGCAUAAUCCGACCUAUGGAGCUCGCUGUCGGCUCUGCGCCGCUAGCACGGCGUGUCACCGGGCUCUGCAGCGCAGCCCAGACGGCAAGCGCGAAAACCGCGGGAAGCGGCACGGCUUCCGGCUGUCCGAGAUGGACGAUUCCGAGCCGCGCCGCCAGCAGCCGCGCUGCUGGACGUAAAACAGGGGUUAACUGCCGCGCGUCGGUCUCGAGCGGUGCCAGCCGAAACGACGUUUUAGGGCUUGAUCCGUCACUUACUAGCCUCGGCGGCGCGGGUUUCGACGUGGCGGAGGCCAGCCAGUUCCCCGCGACGCGAAUGAGCUCGGAGCAGCAGACGAUGCCGCGGCUGCAGGACAUGGACCCCGCGUCGAUCCUUCUGAGCCAACGAAUUAUCUUCCUGGGCACGCAGGUGGACGAUUUCAGCGCGGACCUCAUAAUCAGCCAGCUACUGCUUCUGGACUCACAGGACCCCACGCGCGACAUCAAGAUGCUGAUCAACUCGCCCGGCGGGUCGGUGACAGCCGGCAUGGGCAUCUACGACGCCAUGAAGCUGUGUCGCGCCGACAUCUCCACCAUCUGCUUCGGCCUCGCCGCCUCCAUGGGGGCCUUCCUGCUGGCUACAGGCACCAAGGGCAAGCGGUUCUGCAUGCCGAAUUCGCGGGUCAUGAUUCACCAGCCCCUAGGAGGGGCGCAGGGAUCGGCCAUAGACGUGGGGCUGCAGGUGCGCGAGAUGAUGUACCACAAGGUGAAGCUCAACAAGAUCCUCUCGCGAGUCACCGGGAAGACAGAGGACCAGAUCGAGAUUGACACGGAUCGCGACAACUUCAUGAGUCCAUGGGAGGCGGUGGAGUACGGGCUGGUGGACGGGGUGAUGGGGGCUGACAACCCCGACCUGGUGGCGCCGAUUGGGGAGGUGCGGGAGCCGCCCAAGACCAAGGUGUGGGACCUGUGGACGAUUAAGGAGGCCAAGGAGAGGAAGAACCUGCCAGGGGAGGACCAGCUGCUGAGGAAGUAGGGGGUGUUGGUGCUUCUGCAUGUGGGGGGGAGAAGGGUGAGGGAGGGAGCCGCCCCAAGGGCAAGGUGUGAGAGCUGUGGACGAUGCUAAGGAGAGGAAGACACUUCUGGGGGAGGGCCAGCUGCUGAGGAAUAAGUACCAACAGUGGGAUGUGGAAAUGCAUGAUGUGUAUGAGGUGCCAGACCUGAAAAAUCCGGUUAAAUGAAUUUCUGACCCUGUAAAUUCAGAAUGAAUAUCAUAUGACAACCCUGACAACUCAGAAUAG